CUAACAGUCUGUCUCCGUCUGCAGGAUCAUGUCCUCCAGCAGCAGGACCGUCUCUGCUCCUCCUCACAGUUACUAUCUGACAUGAAGCAGUGAGUGAGGACGCAGCGCCCCCUGCUGGACUCCUGAUGGACCUGCAGGCCAUGGCUGAGCCCAGCUACUCCGACCUGAUCGCCAAACAUUACAACCACACCGGCAAGUUCCGCAAGACGGAGCAGGACUCUGGUCUGAAGGCCGACUCGGUGGUCUUCAUCAUCGUGUGCUGCUUCAUCAUCCUGGAGAACAUCCUGGUCCUGACGACCAUCUGGAGAACCAAGAAGUUCCACAAGCCCAUGUACUACUUCAUCGGGAACCUGGCGCUGUCCGACCUGCUGGCCGGCGUCGUCUACACCGCCAACAUCCUGCUGUCGGGCGCCAACACCUACAAGCUGACGCCCACGCAGUGGUUCUUCAGGGAGGGCAGCAUGUUCGUGGCGUUGGCGGCGUCGGUCUUCAGCCUGCUGGCCAUCGCCAUCGAGCGCCACCUCACCAUGCUGAAGAUGAAGCUGCACAACAACGGCAACACGUGCCGCGUCUUCCUGCUGAUCAGCACGGUGUGGAUGAUCGCGGCGGUGCUCGGCGGCUUGCCGGUGAUGGGCUGGAACUGCAUCGAGAGUCUGAGCCGCUGCUCCACGGUGCUGCCGCUCUACCACAAGACCUACAUCCUGUUCUGCACCACCGUGUUCAGCAUCAUCCUCAUGGCCAUCGUGGCGCUCUACGCCCGCAUCUACACGCUGGUCCGAACUCGCAGCCGCAAGCUCGUCUUCCGCAAAGUGUCCAACGGCCGCGGCAACGCCGGCGCCAACAGCAAGAGCUCGGAGAAGUCCAUGGCGCUGCUGAAGACCGUCAUCAUCGUCCUGAGCUGCUUCAUCGCCUGCUGGGCGCCGCUCUUCAUCCUCCUGCUGCUGGACGCCGCCUGCGAGACGCUGAGCUGCCCGAUCCUCUACAAGGCCGAGUGGUUCCUGGCGCUCGCCGUCCUGAACUCCGCCAUGAACCCGCUCAUCUACACGCUGACCAGCAACGAGAUGCGCCGGGCCUUCCUGAAGACGCUGCUGUGCUGCACCGCCUGCAUCCGGCCCGCCAAGUUCAGCGGGCCGAUCAUGGGGGCGGAGUUCAGCCGCAGCAAGUCCGAUAACUCCUCCCACCCCAACAAGGAGGAGGCGGAGUCCUCGCCGAGGGAGACGACGGCGGCGUCCUCGGGCAACGUCACGUCCUCGUCCUAAAGGAGGCGGACGCACAGAGACGUAGAGUUUGUGUUUGUACAGGAAGUGACAUCACAAACAGCUGAU